UUAUUUUUCACAUUCAAAUUUCAAAGUAACAAAUCUCAUUUGCUCAACUUUCACUUAACAAUGGCCUCUUUGAACUGCUUCAUCUUAACCAUUGUUAUUGCUUUGUCAUUUUCAAGCAAUGCUUCUCUAGCAGCUCGCCAUCUUCUGCAAUCGUCACCUCUGCCUUCUGUGCCAAUUCUGCCAAACCCUACAGUCCCUUCUUUGCCAAAACCAACACUACCUCCAUUGCCUUCUUUGCCAACACUGCCACAACCCACAAUGCCAACAACUCAACCAUUAUUUCCUAAUCCCACAGCACUGCCUCCUCUUCCUAGCUUGCCAUCGAUGCCGACGUUGCCCAAGGUCAGCCUGCCGCCACUACCAAGCAUGCCUUCGAUCCCUACAAUUCCCUCUAUCCCAUUUGGAACCCCACCACCCGGAAACUAGUUCAAGAUAAUCUUCGUUUGAAGUUCCGGCCAGUGGAAAGAGACGAAUGAUAUAGCUGGCUCUGGUCUCCCAUAUACUAGAAGGUUGCAUCUCUUUGCUCCAGGUCAAUGAAGCUAUUUGUGAGAUUUAACUUGUUAAAAUAUUUUGCUUUUCAGCAUUGCUUAGCUGUUGAUUCAUUGGUGGUAUACGUAUUUCAUUGUUUGUUGGUAUAUAAUAUGAAUUUCAAUAUUUUCAUGAUUAUAAAAAUUUGUAUACAGUGGUCA